ACUGCAAAAAAAAUAAAAAGCGCUGGAGACACAAGAGAAGCACGUGUAGUGGGUGGUCCUCGGCACGUGGCUCUAGCGAGCGCCGAGCCCGAGCCCGAGCCGCCACACCGUCAGUCCGGUGCGGCAACAGCAGGAGACAACACCAGCAUGGCCAUGGAGAUGGAGCCCUCGGACGUGAUCCGCCUGAUUAUGCAGUAUCUCAAGGAGAACAACCUCUACCGAACGCUGAGCACCUUGCAGGAGGAAACCACCGUCUCGCUCAACACGGUGGAAAGCAUCGACAGCUUCAUCGCCGACAUCAAAAGUGGCCACUGGGACUGUGUCCUGCUGGCCAUCGAGUCCCUCAAGCUGCCCGACAACACGCUCAUUGACCUUUACGAGCAGGUUGUGAUGGAGCUCAUUGAAAUGAGAGAGGUGGGUGCAGCUCGCUCGCUCCUCCGACAAACGGACCCCAUGAUCAUGCUGAAGCAGACUCAGCCAGAGAGGUACCGCCACUUGGAGAACCUGCUAACUUGCUCCUACUUUGACCCUCGAGAGGCAUACCCGAAGGGCAGCAGCAAGGAGAAGCGACGCAGGGCAAUAGCUGAGGCACUGGCCAGGGAGGUCAGCGUGGUGCCCCCCUCUCGCCUCAUGGGGCUCCUGGAGCAAGUCGGUUCGAUGAAAAUACAGCAGGAUCCGGAUCAUCUCUCCCCAGACAUGACCAUCGACACGUCUGGCAACAAGGAGAGACAUCAUGUGGAGAAAGAGAUCUGUCCAACCCAGCUGUACCGCCACAUCAAGUUUGGACGACGGUCACAUGUGGAGUGUGCCCGUUUCUCUCCCGAUGGAAAGUACUUAAUCACCGGAUCGGUGGACGGGUUCAUUGAGGUCUGGAACUUCAACACUGGAAAAAUUAGCAAGGAUUUAAAGUACCAGGCACAAGAUAGCUUCAUGAUGAUGGACGAUGCGGUGCUGUGUUUGUGCUUCAGUCAGGACACUGAUCUGCUGGCAACUGGAGCUCAGAAUGGCAAAAUAAAGGUGUGGAAGAUCCAGAGCGGCUUGUGCUUGCGCAGGUUUGAACACGCCCACAGCAAAGGUGUGACCUGUCUGAACUUCUCCAGGGACCGCAACCAGAUCCUCAGUGCCUCCUUCGAUCAGACCAUCAGAAUCCAUGAACUGAGGUCGGGCAAGACACUAAAGGAGUUCAACGGCCACUCGUCGUUUGUCAAUGACGCUUCUUUCUCCCGUGAUGGAUUUCACAUCAUCAGCGGCUCGUCUGAUGGCACCGUCAAGAUCUGGAACACAAAGACCUGCGAAUGCAUCCACACGUUCAAGUCGUUGUCCCGGACGCCGGAGGUCCCCGUCAACAGUGUGAUUCCUCUUCCCCAAAACCCGGAGCACUUUGUGGUUUGUAACCACUCCAGCAAAGUGGUCAUCAUGAGCGUGCACGGACAGACUGUGAAGGCCUUCAGCUCAGAUCAGAAGGAAGCAACGGACUUUGUGUGUUGCACCUUGUCACCCCGCGGGGAGUGGAUCUACUGUGUGGGAGAGGACUUAGUCCUGUACUGCUUCAACUAUACGACGGGGAGUUUGGAGAAAACGCUGACCGUUCACGAGAAAGACGUCAUUGGCAUAACUCACCAUCCGCACGAGAAUCUGAUUGCCACAUACAGCGAGGACGGCCUCCUGAGGCUAUGGAAACCUUAAAGCGCCGCCCGCGUCCUAUAACGGAGGACCUAGAGAGCCAUACACAAAGUCCCACAGCAAUCCGUUCAAUUUUUGUUAAACUAUGAUUGAAUUAAACACCUUACAAAUGGAUAUUAUAAUCCAUUCGUAAAUCAUAAACCGCUUCAUGGAUUGAGAAAACAAUCUUACCCCCAUGGUCCAUUUAGUUCUGGAGCUUUUGAUCAUAUCACGUGAUCUUCCUCGGUGGAAUCCUAGUUGUCAUGGAACUGUAGUUAAGAUGUCCAGUUUUUCCGAGCACAUCAAGAACUUCUGGUCAAUUCUAACAAUAAUUUCCAAGUAAACUGGACCAGCUCCGUCUGCAGAUGGCUGUGAUGUGACCAAAAGUCCAGAACAAAACUUACUUUGAGUUUGUUAUAUGCUGUUUCCAUGGUCAAUAAUUAACCUUGGACAUUGAAUUGUUUCAAUAUUAAUAAUAAUUUAAUUUAUCUAUAAAUUAAUUAUCUUAAACACCUUUUUAUUAAUCUUUGCGUUGCUGUCUAGGUCCUCAACACUGUACACAGUCUUCCUCAUGGAUUCCAGCUUCACCAGUGCAGUUUGAAAAUCCCCAUUUUCAUCUCUUCUGUCUGUAUUAGACAUGAAAAUGCAUGAUGGUGAACUGUCGUGAAAAUAUGUAUAAUAUGAAAAUCGCCUCGUGUUUGGGCAUAAACAAACAAUUUCAGGUAAAUUAUUUGUCAGCGUCUGGUUUAUAGUUAUACUUUUGUUAUUCAAUGAUUAUGAUUCAGGUGUAAUCAUUUGUUUGCAUGCUACCUCAGUUGCUCCGUCUAAAUGUGACUGUCCAAAAAAUAUGCAUGCCGACUAAUGGUAAACCUCAACGGACCUCCAGUGGCACAUUCCGUAUCCUGUGUGUAUAUAAUAAAUGUGUUGUACCCGACGGGGUCACGUCACUGUCACUUUGCUGCGUCGACUGUAAUCACUGUUCCUGUGCAUUAGUGGGACGCCUGCACGAAACAGAGCUACCGCCUGGACCAGUCACUGUCACUCUGCCAUCGUUGUAAAAAUAGCGUUUCAUCGUUUACGCACUCUAUUUUCUAUAUUCUUUGUUGAGUUUAUCACACUGCCAGCAAAGUAAAAAAAAAAUGAUUAUCAAUAAAAUACAUAAUUUA